AAAACACACACUCACCUGUCCCUCGGUCCCGCGGUGUGCCCCCCGCAGCCCGUUUUACCGGCCGUCUUCUCUCCCUGGGCGCCGGCAUCUUCAGUGUGUGGGCACCCGGCAGUGACGGCUUGUGGCUUCACAGCCGGGUACCCACUGCAAAUGCAAAGCAGUGCUGCGCUUCCUGAAUGGUCCUGUAAUCUUCUGGGAACUGUCACGUGUCCUAAAAGACUACGGGAGGGAGGAAGGGAGGACACCUUCUACUUCCAAUCGCCUAGGCGAUCGCAGCGGAAGUGGGAGCGGGUACCUGUCAAAUUCGGGUUACCCGCUCCCCAAAGGUGCCAAUCCUUAAUGGGGAGUGGGGGACAAAGGCUUAAAGCGGAACUUCCCCUUUUGGGUGGAGCUCCACUUUAAGUUCCA